CGGGCCUGCCAGACAGCUUAGUGGCAACGCUUUUUGGCUGGAGGACUGGAGACGCGGCAUCCGACGCCACAGCAGCCGCUGCGAACAAGUGCUCUGCCCAGGACCGCUCAUGCGGACACUACUGGUAGCCGGGCUGCUCUGGCCCGCCAUCAAAGCGGCGCGUCAGCCGACCGUGGUGGUGGCAGGCGCGACGGGCACCGUCGGAAGGGAGCUAGUGCGCAUUCUGCGAAGGCAGGACGUGCCGACGAUCGCACUGGGGAGAGACGUCUUGCGGGCGAAGCGCAUUCUGGGCAUCAAUGCGUGUUGUAGGGAGGUCGACCUCGGUGAUGCCGAAUCCAUAAAAGCGGCGCUGCCUGUUGAUGAGCCCUUCCGUUUAUUUGUCGCGACGCCGAACGGGCCCGACCAGUUCCAGCUCGAAAAAACAUUAUUUGAUGUCUGUGCCGCCACGAACCGCUGCGAGCACGCCGUCAAGGUGUCUACCGCCACGCCAGUCCUCGAGGCGCGCGUCGGGCCCUUCGACGCGCAUACGAGAGCCGAGGCUUUGCUGGCUGAUUCAUUGUCGCACACGAUCCUGAGGCCGUCGCUCUACGCCCAGACCGUCUUUAGUGAGCACGGGCCGCUGGGGUUGCCGAGUGGUGCCGGCGACGGGCAGCACGUGCUCGCGGACGCCCCUGUGGCUUAUGUGAGUGCGGUCGACGUCGCGGCCGUCGCAGCUAGAGCGCUGGUGUCCGACGACGUCUCGAGAAAUGCGAAAAUGCUGGACCUCACGGGGCCCGCGGCGACGACGAUUUCCGAAGUGGUACAACAGGCGGGCGGCAAUGUUGUGUCGUGUACCUCGACGCUGCCGGCGGACUUUUUGAGGGUCCUCGCCACACAACUAUCGAAAGUUUCGCAUGACACGGAACGGGCGCUCGGUUUCGAACCCACGGCCGCCUCCGAUUUCUUCGAGAGGGAGCUCCGGCGCCGCGCUCUAGACUGCGGCAAGAACGGCGCGAUCGCGUACAACGGCCGCGCGGUCUACACGGCCAACUACCGCUCCUCCCUGCCCUUCGACGAAGUCCGACGGAAGUCCCGGGGCCUCGGAUUGAGGUGCCGCGAGGACUACGAGGAGCUCGGGGUGCCGAAAUACGCACCAUCAAGACCGGAGGACAUGUUCCCCGACCGGUGGCUGGGCUGGGACGACUACCUCGGGGUGCGGCGGCCUUAUGAUGAGGGACGGCGCGUCGCACAAACACUAGGCAUCUCGUCCGAAUUGCGCUGGUACACGUACGCGCUGGAUCGGCCCGCGGUGCUCGAGGACCUGCGGCUGCCCUUCCGGCCGCCCCAGGCCUACGGUGAUGAGUGGCGCGGCUGGGGGGACUGGCUCGGGACGAGUGUGUAAUCAUAUCGCGUUGUG